AUGGACUACCCCAUUGUUGGCAUACUUCUUUUCAUCACUCUCUUUAGUCCCUUCACUAAGAGCGAGCCUCCCGAACUUGAUAGACCAUCCAAUGAAACCGAGUUUAUUAUUCAUGGCAAUAGUAAGCCUAAUUGCAAAGCCGCCGAACCCGCCAAGGGAAAGCAAUGGGCAGUCCUAAUCGCUGGCUCGACCGAUUAUGAAAACUAUAGGCAUCAAGCUGAUAUCUGCCAUGCAUAUCAAAUACUGAAGAAAGGAGGACUGAAAGAUGAAAAUAUCAUUGUUUUCAUGUAUGAUGACAUUGCUUUCAAUGUAGAAAACCCUAGGCCUGGUGUUAUAAUCAACCAACCGGGGGGAGACGAUGUUUAUGAAGGAGUUCCAAAGGAUUACACUCAAUCUGCCGCCACUGUGGCCAACGUUUUUGCUGUUUUACUUGGAAACAAGACCGCUGUCCAAGGAGGUAGCGGCAAGGUUCUAGACAGCGGUCCUGAUGACCAUGUUUUCAUAUACUACGCUGACCAUGGCGCCACAGGGAUUAUCGGCAUGACUGAUGGUUUAAUCUAUGCGAAGGAUCUCAUCAAUGUGUUGAAGAAGAAGCACGAGGCUAAAGCCUACAAAACCAUGGUAAUCUACAUUGAAGCAUGCGAGGCAGGGAGUAUGUUUCAAGGCCUCCUUCCGAAUAACUGGGAUAUAUAUGCAACCACAGCAGCUAAUGCUGAAGAGAAUAGCUAUGGAACAUAUUGUCCCGAUGAUUAUCCUUCUGCUCCCUCAGAAUAUGAUACCUGUUUGGGGGAUACAUACAGUGUUGCCUGGUUGGAGGACAGUGAAAUGCAUGAUCUUCGCUUUGAAACCCUAGAGAAGCAAUAUAAGACGAUUAGAAGAAGGGUAUUUACUCAGGAUCUGGAUUUUAACUCCCAUGUCACUCAAUAUGGGGAUAUGAAGCUGAGCAAGGAGUUUCUCUUCACCUACAUGGGCACAAAUUCUGAUAACGAUAACUAUACUUCCAUGGCCAACUCCAAGCCAUCUGGUUUCAGCUCUGCCAGUCAGUAUGAUGCUGAACUCCUCCAUUUUUGGUACAAGUUCCAUAGAGCUCCUGAAGGGUCCACUAGGAAACUGGAAGCUCAGAAGGAGUUGCAUAGCAAAAUUUCCCAUAGGAUGCAUGUAGACCACAGCAUGAAGGAGAUUGGGAAGCUCAUACUUGGAUCGGAAAAUUCUACGAUGAUGUUGUUGAAGACGGUUAGACCUUCGGAUCAGCCUGUAGUAGAUGAUUGGGACUGCUACAAAAUGCUAGUAAAGACUUAUGAGGAACACUGUGGAUCUCUAUCAAGGUAUGGGUUGAAAUACACCCGAGCGCUCGCGAACAUGUGCAAUGCUGGGAUUAAGAUGGAGCAGAUGGCUGUGGCUUCAGCAAAAGCUUGUUUGACUUUUCCAAACUUCUCUCCUAGUAUUAAUGUCAUAACUAUUUUUAAUCAUGUGAUGGAACUGAUCUGCAUUAAAGGACUGGACGAGGAUUUUUCUUCCCUAAAGCUUUAA